AUGGCCGGCCAGAACCGGUCAGAUGUCCUGGAGUUUGUCCUGGUUGGUUUCCCCGGUGUUCCAGAAAAGUUCCACUCUCUAGUUUCCGUAUCCUUCUUUCUGAUAUAUAAUAUUUCUCUCUAUGCAAAUUUAAUUGUGGUGGUGUUAAUUUUACUAAGGCAGCAUCUCCACCAGCCCAUGUACAUCAUUGUCGGAAACUUGGCCAUCUCUGACCUGCUUUUCGACACGUUGACCUUGCCAAAGAUCAUUGCCAAGUACUGGUUCGGAGACGGCUCCUUUUCCUACACCGCAUGCUUCCUACAAAUGUUUUUUGUCCAUUAUCUGGGAUCUCUGGAUUCCUUAAUUAUCAUGGUGAUGGCCUUUGACCGAUAUAUUGCCGUUUGCAAACCUCUGAGGUACCAUUCUAUCAUCAGCAACAGAGUGGUGGCCAUCAUCUGCCUCGCCUUCUGGAUCUUGGCAGCUGCCAUUGGCUUUUCUGUCACUGCGUUGGGUCUAUGGCUUCCUUUUCGUGGCACCAACAGGAUCAAAAGCUGCUUUUGCUCCCUCACCCCAGUCGCUGUUUUAUCGACCUCGGAUUCGGCUUCAUCCAGAAGAACGGGGUUUGUCAUUGCCAUGAUAUCACAUCUGUCUCCGUUCUCCUUCAUCGUCUUCUCCUACUGCAUAAUAAUCUCGAACAUCUGCUCAUCAGGCCGGACGAAGAACUGGCAGAAGGCCGUUUACACCUGUACAACCCAUUGGUUGGUUAUCGGGUUGUACUUUAUCCCUCGACUGACCGUUCACACGUAUAACCAGAUACAGCUGAUCCCCAACGCCGAUGUCAAUGUUCUUCUGAUCUGUCUGUACACGUAUGCUCCACAUUUCACCAGCCCCAUCAUAUUCUGUCUGAGGACUGAGGAGAUUAAGAAAACUCUUGGAAAAGUAAUCAAAUGGAUCUUUAGUAACAAUAAAUAUUAA